CCUCACCCCUCCACAUCGCGUAAAAUCCAUUUCCAUGGCUACAUUCACACAAGAUGACAUCGAUUACUUAAAAAAUCAUGGGAAUGGUGAAUGUGCCAAAACCUGGCUCGGCCUUUGGGAUCCCAAGCGGGCUGUACACCAAGAUCAGCGCGAAUUGAUGAUUGACAAAUACGAGCGAAAGCGCUACUAUCUGGAGCCAGCUAGUCCACUGAAAUCAUUGACGAAUGCAGUCUCUCUCAAGAGUGGCUCAACAGCAGCAGGAGCGGAAGUGCCGACGACAUCUGGCGCGAGGGCGGCUGCGAUAGCAGGGACGACGUCAACCACAGCAGCAAGUGGCUCCAAUGCGUUUAAGAGCAUUGUCGAUGGCCAUACCGACCUGGUGCACGUGGUCAAUGGAUUUGGUCAUAACACCAAAUCUCAGUACCGCCAACAAAGCGGAAAUGCAGAACGAAGUUUCGAGGUGACGCCGCCCAGUACGCAGCGCACCACCAUGAAUGGGUUGCAUAAAGCAGUUACUGGGGCAAUGGGGUCAACAAGCAAUUCGGGAAAAGCAACGUCGGCAAUAAGUCGACCACAACAUCAGCAAAAUGGUUAUAGUGAUCUGCAAGAAGCUUUUAUGCAAAAAUGCAAUAAGAACAUGAACAAUAAUGCCGUCAAUAACAAUAACAACGAACUCAAUGUCUUGCAUAUGACGACAAGCCGAAUGUCGGACAGUGGCAGCGCGACGAGCAUGAACGGGUUUGGUGCGGAUGCGGACUUUGUCGCCGAUUUCGGUUCAGCGAGUAUUUUCGAUGCGACAAUGGUAAACCACAAUCAAAUGAGCUCACCACCGAAAUUGAAUAGAAGUGGAGGUGCGAUAUCCAGUAACGGAUAUGCCAAAAUACAACCAUUGAAGAGACAACAAUAUCACUCAUUGAAUGCUCAUGACCAAACGAAUGGCACCAGCUCUCAAAGUGAGUCAAUCGGCAAUGCCACCUCGGAGAAUUUCGCGGAUUUCGAGCAUGCGCCAAUUUUCAACGCGGCCGCGAACUAUCAAUUUGUAAGAAAAACUGUUAUUAAACGAUGCGCUGGUGGCCAACAAUCAGACCGUGCAGACCCAAAAGCUCCUACAGUUCGGGAAGAAUCGCUCACUCAAAAUCAGUUUCGAACAUUAGCUUAUAAUUGUGACACAGGAAUGGAAUGUGCUUUAGAUAAAAACUUAUAUGCUGACAUCAGACAAGCUACAACACAUGCAGAUAUGCUAAAAUCGGAUAUACUUAACGCUAAUAAUUUUAGUUUUUCCAUCGCUAGUGAAAGACAAAGUACAAGUCCAAAAUUACCUGAAGCAGCCGAUGCAUCUCAGCCAUCACUGCAUUCACCCAUCCAAACACCAUUUUUAGAUGCCAAUAAGUCAGUCAAUGAAUACAGAAGCCAAAUAAAAUGUCCACAAAUAUGUGCCUUCAGUCGAAACACAAUGCAAGCCGAGUAUAGUGGUUGCUGCGCACAGGUUUGCUGUGCGGAACUAAAAAUUCUGAAUAAUAAAACUCAAUGUCAAGAUCAUAACCAAGACGAAUGCAGUUUUUCUGCUGGAAAUAUACCGAAAACCGAUUGGAGUCAAUUUGCAAAUAGUACGCCCUGUUGGCCAUCAGGGAGCACAAUUAGGGCAGCUACCGUUGCUCGAGAAGAUAUGCCAGCAGAUCCAAAUGAUGAGGCCGCGUCUAUACCACAAGAUGUAAGCUUGCCAUACCGAGAAUGUCAGCAGCAGCAAGUUCCGCCAACAUUUUGUCCACAGAUUAAAUUUUGUGGACCGACAACAUGCCCAUUCACAUACCAUUCAGCACCCUUCUCGCCAGGAGCCUACCCUCCUUCGCCAUGUUGCCCAAGCGCUUCUGCUCCAAAUGAGAAUGAGGAGCAACAAGCAAAUGUUACUAUCGCCAGCCUCAGCUAUGGCGCGAUACCACCACAAACCGUUAUAAAUACAGUACAGAGUCGGUUGCAAAAUGGAGGCAAAGUUCAGACUGAAGCAUGCUUGGAACCAACACCAUCGUACAGUACGCUAUAUAAUCGCUCUUACCGACAGCCACCUGUAUAUGCAAAUCAAAAUCCAUUUAUACAACAAGCACCGGCGCAAUCGGCGUCAAUUUCAGUAUUCCCUGAAUGUUACAAUCCAUUCCAUCCAUAUUGCAUUUCAGGAAGUUGUCCGAAAGGUUGUACGCUAAGUAACACAAUGCCAGUGGGGGAUCCAAUAAUAGAGUCAUCAUGCAAUAUACACUCACCUUAUAAUAAUUGUUUCUGUAAUAAUUGCUGUCUUCCGAUACCCAAUAACAACUCACGAUCAAUGAACACCCAGCAGAGUAACAGUCAAAAUAACAAUAACAACGCACUGAGCUCAACACCCAGCGAGGAUAGGUAUGCGGCGCUCAAAGAUCUGGACGAGCAAUUGCGUGAAAGCAAAGCAGCGGCAACAGUUGUGACUGCCUAUGGCGCAGACACAUUUGGGCACACUGGCAUAUGUAAUUCUGUUAAUCCUUUCAAACAUCAGCAAGUAAAUCCGUUCCAGGCUGCUACUCACGGCACUUCGCCCACAGCAACACAGAGCUAUUUUGGUCAAAUGACAGUGAUAUCGAACGGUAACGGCAUAUCGUCACAGCAACCAACAACAGCCACGCAAUUUUAUAAUUACAGUAAUGGAUAUGUUAAUGCAACAACGACAGCCGGCACUGCGACUGUAAUGGCGACUGGACCGAGCGGCUGUGGUUUCAGUUUAGGUGCACUACAGCCAACGGCGAUUGCGGCCACUGGCGCCGGUGGCGGUGGAGCAUUCAGUAACCCAUUUGCAGCAACCGGCGCAAUGAACUCGAAUAAUCCCUUCUUAUGAGAUAUUUGCGGCAAUCGAUAUGAGUCGGAGCUCAAGCGCAACUAAAUAGUUAUGAAGCGCAUCCUUACUAAAAUAAAUACAAAUUUGUGAGCCGGAGCAUGCUCUUGCAAAUAUAAAUAUGUAUAGGUAUAAAACUUCUUUAAAAUAAGUUGCGAUUGAAUCAGAACAAGGGGAAGGGAAAUAAGUGAGACAAGUGCUGGCAUUGUUCAUAUAAACCAAUUUGAAUUACUUGUAUUUAUAUUUAAAUUGAGACAGUGUGAUUGAAAUUUAUAGAUAUAUAUAUACAUGUGUAUAUCCAUAUAUAUACAUAUAUAUAUGUACAUAUAUAUACAUAUAUAUCCGAACAAAUUAAUAACAAUUAUUUUCAUGCCAACCAACCUAAAGUAUGUAGAAAUGAUUGGCUUCGAUUGCUCCCCUUAAGCUUGUUGAACUGUAAUCAGAGAAAAAUUUGCAAAAGAAGGCAUUGCAUCUAGCAGUAAUUCUGGAAAAUAGUUAGAAAAAGCAAAAAUUAGUUCAUCUAAUACGAAAAAAUUUUAGUAGACUUAACGCUCACAUAUAUUAUACUAUACCUAUGAAUAAUAUUAUAUCUUAAUGUGGAUAAAUUCGUUUAUACAAUUAAAGGAGGAAUAUUUACUAAUGAGAUGCUAAUUUGAGUAUUUGUUUCUCUUUAUUAUUGCCAAUAAAUGUUUACUUAACAACAAUGUUUGCUGCCCAGCGAAAAGAACAAAUGUAAAGACGUAAAUAAUUAAAAUGCUCUUGUUGCAAAAUAGAACAAAAUGAAACAAAACAUGCUUUAAGAAUUUAAGUAACUAAAUAAUGGAGAUACGUUUACUAUAUUUCAAAUAUGAGAAGUAAAAAUCAAAAUAAAUAUUAAAUAGAUAAAUAAAUAUUUUGAUUAUUGUCAAAAUUAACCCGUAGAUAGCCACAGGAUGGAGCAAAAUUUAGCACAUUCGCAUACGAAGAAAGGCGGUUUCAUAAACGUAUUAAAGGGUCGAAUAAAUAUAUCGCUUUAUUAAAUCAAUUAAUUUAAGGAGUUGGCUUGUCAUAUGCUGCUUUGUGUAAUUGCCAAAUGUUGGUAAAGUAAUUUAAAAGCCUAUCGAAAUUGAUCAAAGUUCUUCGUUGUAAAAUUAGUUAAAACAUUGUAAAGCUUUCGAACGAUCAUUAAGCUGAUAUGAUUUUGUUUAUAUUUAUUUUCAACUUUAAUAGCUAUAAACUAUUGAAUGUGCUUGUGUUUUAAGUUAUCCCUCGAAGUCCACUAUUGUCCUCAUUUUGGUAUAUACUUUAUAAAUAAAUUUUUUGUAUUUUCUUUUGUAAAAAAAAUGUAUGAAGUUACAUGUGUAUGCGUACUAAUUUUUAUAAAUUUUAUCUCUUAUUUUAAUUUAGCAAUUUUUUUCCAUUGUUUUAUCUUUCAACACAUGCGAGUACACCUAUUUUUUUAUUUGUAAACAUAAACU